CGCGGUAGAAACAGAACCGAGCAGCAGCGGACAGACAGGGUUUACUCGAGAAUGGCGACUGCUGCGUGCAGUACGCAGAGCACUCUGAACCCUUGCACUGGAAAACUGCACAGAGAGCAUCAGCGGAAAAGUAAAGAUUCGCGGAGGAGACAAGCCGCGCUUUUGUUUCUGACUAAUAUAUCCUUGGACGGUCGGCCUGUGCGGAACAAUGUGAGCGCAGCGGGCCCAAGUGAUGCCGAGUUUCAGUGCUCUGACGUCGGCGCGACUGUUAGCGAACUGUCCGCUGCGGCAAGUAGCGAUGGGACCUUCUCCAGCCUCUCUGUGCCCAGACUCGGGCUUCUCAACGUCCCGCCCAUCCUGGUUCUGCCGUCGGAUUCUGGGUUCAGUAACUCCGGGAGCACCGAGAUGUUCCUGGAGAGGGAGAGGGGUUCGUUCUCCUCGCAGAGCAAUCUCCUGUCCCCAUGCAGUCUGCAGCCCACUCCGCUCGGAGCGCGGAAGUCUCCGACCCUGCUGUCAGUGCAGAGCUGCGGCUCUUCGCUGGAGUCUCGACCGCGGAGUCGGAACCCAUCUGGCUCUCCUCGUCCACGCUCUGUGAAGAAAGUCCACUUUAUUAAGAACAUGAGGCAGUACGACACCAGGGGCAGCAGGAUUGUGCUUAUCUGCGCCAAAAGGUCUUUGUGUGCCGCCUUCUCUGUGCUGCCUUAUGGAGAGAGCUUCUAUAUCAGUGACCCUCGUCUGGAUGCUCAGCGGCGGAGACACUCAUCUGGAGGAAUAUCCACCACCCUAGAGAUGCUUCCCGGGCUGGAGGGGGUGGAGCUGGGCAUGUACGGCAGGACGGUGUCAUACGCUCAGUUUCUGUACCCCACUAAUGCUCUGGACCACCACAAGCCCGCAGUGGAUCUCGCCCUGCCCUUGCCGUAUUCCAGAAACAGCAUCCCUUGCAGUUAUCCUCCCUCUCGCCUUAACAGCACCGUCGGCCUGGACCUGACCCUUGAAGACACUGACUAUGACCCAAAUAUGCUCAGUGACCCACGGUGGCCAUGUGGAAAACACAAAAGAGUGCUCAUCUUUGCCUCAUAUAUGACAACAGUAAUAGAGUACGUCAAACCGUCAGACCUGAAGAAGGACAUGAAUGAGACCUUUAAGGAAAAAUUCCCCCACGUCAAACUCACGCUGAGCAAAAUCAGAAGUUUAAAGAGGGAGAUCCGUUCAGUGGGAGAGGAGUCUUUUCUGCAGCCGGUCACCAUAGCCAUGGCAUUUGUGUACUUCGAGAAGCUGGUCCUACAGGGGCGUCUCAACAAGCAGAACAGGAAGCUGGUGGCGGCCGCGUGCCUCCUACUCGCCGCCAAGAUCAGCAGCGACCUGAAGAAACAAGAGGUCAAACAACUGAUCGAUAAACUAGAGGAGAGGUUCCGGAUUAGCCGUCGAGAGCUGAUUGCUUUCGAGUUCACUAUCUUGGUGGCUCUGGAAAUGGCACUUUACCUUCCGGAGAGUAAAGUCAUGCCCCAUUACCGCAGACUGGUGCAGCAGACCUGACGUGGGUAAAGCGGAGGCUCAGGACUGUUGUGAAUAUACAGAUGAGAUGCAUGAAGCAGUCAAAAAUGUGUGACUCUGCGUUCCCUCCAUUGCAGUUGGAGGAAACUGCAAAUACAUAUCAACACGAAGCUCUGAGGACGAACUGACGUUCCAAAUGAUGCUUUAUGUAGCAAUCUGGCCAGCGGCUUUUUUCUCAUGGCUGUCUGUUUUUGUGACCACCAUGGGAAUACUGCCGAGGGAAACAGCACAAAUCUUCUUUUAUUGAAAUCAGAAGGUUUUAACACUCGCAUGACAAGGGAAACGUUUUAACUCCUGCUACUUCACUUGUGUGCAAAUGCAUGUUUUUAACAUUCUGUAUCUAUUUACCAAAAAUAUUUUGUAUUUAAUUUAGACUUCUCCUUUUGUAUAGAACAACUUACCAUUCACUGUAACACUAAAGCACUUUAAAACAAACAAAAAAACUAUACAUGUAAACGUUAUGCAAUAAUAAUAUAGUCAUUAGCACAGAUUAUAUAUUAUAUAUGCACUUACUUCAGUAGCGUACUCUGAAAGUGUUAUUGAGUGACUGACUAAAUCUACUUUCGUAUUCAGACCUAAUAUGUUCAUUUCGUUGACAAGGCUUGAUUUUGCUUUGAAGGGUGCUCUAUAUUAGAGCUGAUUUCAAGAGAAGCACAUUUUCAGUGCUGCUGUGGUAUUCUCACUAUUUUUUUUUUUUUUUUUAUAGAAUUAAAAGAAACAAUUAUUUUAAAUUCCACAGAAGAAAAAGUCAUGAUGUAAAUGUGUAAAAGAUGACAGGUUUUUUAUUUUAAGGUGGUGAAGUAAUCUUAUAAGAUGCAUGGUAUUAAUACAUACAUACCGGUAUACACACACACACACACACACACAUAUAUAUAUAUAUAUAUAUAUAUAUACACACCUUUUUUUUCUACUGUUAUUCAACAAGGUUGCAUUAAAUGGAUUAAAAGAUUUAUACGAUUAUUAAUGUCUUUCCUAUUUAAAAUAAAUGCUGAUAUUUUGAGUGUUCUCUCAUCAUAGACUUCUGAAUAAAAGGUACAACCGUUUCCAAGAAAUAAAUAAAAAAUAGUAAUAAUAAUGUAACGGUGAUGAUGAUAAAAAUGAUUUCUGAAGGAUAAUAUGACACUGAAGACUGGAGUAAUCAUGACUGCUGAAAAUUCAGCAUUGCAUCACAGGAAUAGGUUAUAUAUUCAUAUUUUUAAUCAAUUACAUGCAGCCUUGGUGAGCACAUAUAUAUGUAUGUACAUGUCAGUUUUACUGUUUAUUCAUUAAUUGCCAUAAAAUGUUGUGUUCUGUUUCUCAACUACCGUAGCUGUAUACUCAACUGUAUAGCAUACAGUAUCAUGAUUUAUCCAAAAGGUUUUCCCUUCUUCCAGCACCACAAUCUAUGCAAUAUUGUAGAUGCUUUUGACCUAUUUACUCUCAAAAGUUAUAUUCAUCCAUGUCUACCUGAUUUGUUUCUCUGUUAAUGCUGUGUGAAAAGGUUGUGCUGUUUGUCAGUAGCCAGUUUGAGGAUGGCUGCUGUAUCCGUUACUCUGAUGUAGAUGUGCUGGUAAUGUUGUCCACAAUUAAAUGCCUGUCUUUUUUUAUGAUAGUAAUCCUGAAAUAAUACAGUAUUUUCCAGUAAUAUACCGUGUUUUAUCCGAUAUUGUGCUCUGAAAGCACUAUUAAGCAGUGAGUAUGCUAGAGACGCCCUCUAGAGGAAGCGAUUAGCAAUCACGUGUUAACAGGAAAGCCGUUAGGAAGGGGAUCUUGUUACAAAGGCCUAAAAAGCAGCAUCCCAGUCAUGUCCUCGGGAGAUAUUUUUAAGUCACACAGAAAUUGGCCAUUUUUAAAGGCCUUUCUUAGUUUUAUGUUUGUGUGUGCGCUACAUUUUUGUGAUCUAGGGCCCUAAACAAACUGAAGUGGCAGGUCUAAUGGAUGGAAAAUCAGUUUUAAACACGUUGAAUUAAAGUGCCUAGGAUUGUUGUGUAAUAAAUUAUUUGGUAAAGGGGAAAAAAUGGAAGUCAAGCAGUUGUAUUUAGUUUAUUUACACUGUGAUUUGUUCUAUAGCCUCCAGUACUGCACUCCAAAGGCUAAUCACCAUAACAUGCACUGCAAGGGAAUUAUCUCUUUUAUUAUUUGUUUUAAAUCUGAGCGUGGUUGAGCCAAACCUGUCUGUCACUGGACAGAUCAUACAGACCCGAUUUCUUUCAUUACUUGAUUGUGACAAUUAUGGUUUUAAUUUUCAAUUGGUCGUUUCAGUUGUGUUUUGCCUACAAGAAGCGGAUAUAUCAUAAAAUACAUUUCCUCUGAUCUUUUCUGAGGAGUUCAGCAUAUAAAUCUUCCAUUUAUGAAUUAUUAUAGGAAGGCUUGGAAGGAUGCCAGCAGCAGAUAAGGGAUACAGCUGUAUUGUAGACCUGCUGAAGUCAUAUUAGCAUCUUUCCUAAAGAUAUACUACAAAUUAUAACUCCUUUCUAACUGAUGUCAGUACAAGCUGUCAUUUCAUGUGCUCUCUCUCUCUUUCACUCUGUAUCUCUAUCUGUACCUUUUUUACAUUAAGUUAAUGUAUCAAGAAUUGUGUGUGUUAAUUGUCAUAAUUGUUGAAUUAUCAUGCACUUUCACAAAUAUACAAAUAUAUUUUCUAAUAUCA